AUGGGUAAAGUACCUCAAUCCGAACAUCAGCACAAUGUAAAUAUGACUAUAGUUUCUAUGUUAUCUCAAGAAGACCUGCCUAUUUCAUCGUUGUGGGACUUAGAAUUAUUGGGUAUCCGAGAUCCUGUUGAACAAAAAACUAAAGAAGAGUCAAGAAGAGCUAUUAUGGUUCAUUUCCAAGAAACAGUUCGUCAAUUAGAAAAUGGUAGAUACGAGGUUGAUAUGCCUUGGAAGAUUGAGCAUGCAGUCUUACCUGACAAUUAUGACCUAUCUUUGAAAAGACUCGAAUCUACUACGAAGAAGUUGGAAAAAAUCGGAUAUCGUGAAAGGUAUCAUGAAGUCUUUAAUGAAUGGCUGCAGGAAGGAGUGAUUGAAGAAGUUCCCCAAAAGGAGUUGUCUUUACCCGUUGUUCAUUACCUCCCACAUCGUCCAGUCAUUAAGGAAACGUCCUCACUAUCUUCCAUGAAAAUUAGACCCGUUUUUGAUGCUUCGGCAAAGCUUUCCUAA